ACCGCGGGGCCUGUUGCAGCACGACUGCUGCUCAUGCUCAUUACUUCACCCUCACCCUCCUCCUUCCCAAUUCCACUCAGCAUAUUCUCUGGAGGAAACAAAAGAUUCCCGUCGGGGCAUACCCACCUCCCCCACGCCUCUUGGUUCUCUGGAAAAUAGAGCGUUGAUAGGCGGAGCUAGACACCUUUUAAAACCCUGAACCUCCACUUGCCUCCACUUGCCUAACACUUCUGUUCCAGCAUCCUGCCCUUGCAAGGAAGCAGCGAGCCACAAUGCUUCGUGGAGGCUUGAGUGAGACCAGACCUGCUACUCCUGAAAUCCAGAAGAUGGUCGAUGAGGUUAAACCACAGCUUGAAGAAAAAACCAAGGCAUCUUACCAAGAAUUCAAAGCUAUAGAGUAUAAAACUCAAGUGGUUCAGGGAGGAAUUUACUACAUCAAGGUUCAAGUAGGUAAUAAUCGUUACAUUCACAUAAAAGUAAUGCAACAUCUUCCUGGACAAAGUGAAAAGACUUUGGAACUUUCUGCUUACCAGACUGACAAAAGCAAGGAAGAUGAGCUGACUUCCUUUUCAUCUCGUACACCAGAAGGGGUCUGAUUCUCUGCUCUGGCCAUAGAUUAAUGAUCCUUCUUAGCAAAUAUAACCCUC